GGCAGAAGUAAAACUUUAUGCUCAUAUACAUGUCCACACAGGCCACAUGUUGUAGGAAAAUGACACCUGGUGGAGGUUGGCAGUGCUACAGCAUUAGCUCCACGAACAUAUGCAGGGUAAGUGGGCUACUUUAAGACAUAUAUUUAAAAGUUUUCCCUCAAUUCAUUAUUUAUGUGUUAUCAUCUAGAAUCUACCAUAAAAUUUCUUUAUCACCCUGUCCUUAUGAUUGGACAAGAGUGACAAAAAGAAAAGUGCAAUCUUAAAUGUGGGUCCAGUUGAUGCACAUGUGUAAUCAAAACUGUGAUGUGCACGGUUAUAAUGAUCUUUAUGUGACAGAGAAAGAUAAGAGUUAAUGAGAGAAAUCCUCGUAGAAUUAAUCAUAUACUGUAAAUUAAAGCUCCUAUAAGUAGUUCUUAUGUUUGUGAACUGUGAAGGAAAACAGAAAUUCAUAUUGAUGCCUUUUCAUGAAAUACAAAAACAAACAGGACCAUCCGUCACAGAACUGAUGAUUGUUAUAUUUUUUAAUUUUCAGUGCUUAAAACUGGUUUAGCAGCUGAAGGAAUUUGUUUCUGUUUUUACCAUGUCCACAAUAAAUGAUACAUGAGACUGUCAAAAGUUGGUAGCAUCAUUUUUCCAUUAAAAGUCAUUGCUCAAGCAUGCACAGGAGAGGAAGACUAGAAAAGACUGCUUUGUCCACAGAGGGGGACAAAAAUGACAUAUGUUACUCAUAGGAGCUUUUAAUAAUGAUGACAACUGAAAAAUGAUAACCACCACAGCAUGUUUCUUGUGGAGAAAAAUAAAUUCAAUCUACAAAAUUUAAGUGGUACUAAGAAAUUGCACAGUUGUACUCUUAACAGAACAUUUGUCUGGGAACUGUAUUUGCUGCUUACAUUCAUGUUACAUAUCAGAUGAAAUAUACUGUAUGGUUACCCACAUAAACAUAAUGCAGCUUUAAACAAACCUCGCAACGGUGCUCACAAUUUAAAUUAAAAUGCUAUUCUAUGCAUUAUUUAAUAGUAUCACAAUUAUAAAAACUGCAUUAAUAUACUAUUGCAGGUACUAAUAAAAAUAUCCUGCAAUGGCAAUGCUACAUAAUGUUUAGUUUGAAUUUGAUCAUUUAUGAGCAUGUGUACUUUACUUCUGUUUUUUUAUUUUAUAUUUUGAAAAAAAGAAUUUCAAUUUCUAAUAUUUGAUUACAGUGAAUUUUCUACAUUAAUUUAAACAUCUGGAUACUUCUUUCACAAAAUAGUCUACUCUUAGCUCCUGGGCGAUAAGCAUCUUGAGAGACUUAAAAAUGGUUGAAGAAAAACUGGUCAGAAAUCAGGAGGAUGAGGCGAUGUUUCUCCUCAAGACAGAAGCUAAAACAAACUCCCCAAAUCAGAAGGAAAAACGACUAAGAAAAACUAGCAUAAAGACAAAGCACCAUACCUUGUUGGUGCUUCAGUGAUGAUUCCGCUUUUGUCCACUAGGGGGGAGUGCCACAAUAUCAGAAUGACAACCAUGGCCGCAAUCUUUUUGCAGUCUUCGUUAAUGAUGUAAAUUGAUGUGAUUUAACAGUCUGUGUCUGCGUUGCUUCAAAUUUUAAUGCCUUCACAUUGUAAUUAAGAGGGCAAGCUUGUCUGUCACUGAUUUAUUCCCUCUCUCUAUUUUUCUGACGUUCACUUAUCCGAACUUGAAGCUGUUUUUUGUGAAGGUGCUCCACAUUUUCAAUAAUAAACUGAAUUGAUCGAGACAUCCCCACUACAUAUGAAGGCAAAACCAUGUUACAGAGAUACCAGAGCGAAUGAAAUAACAAUGGAACAGUGUGUCACAUGUUUGGUACAGCUCUCAGACCUGCCCUCCACCAAAAUAAAAUCUCAUACCUCCUUCUCCAGAUGCACUCCUCCCGCCUCCUUCAUGUCCGACUAUGAUAAUGAGCACUGUAGAAGUGGAGUGAGGGGGUGGUGUUAAGACAUUUGACUCUAUUUGGAGCUGUGUUUAUUGCUGAAGAAACUUUUUUUCUUGUUCUUUUUUCUUUUCUCCUUGUAGCUCCCUACAUCAGCAGAGCUCGGUGGCUGACCCCGUCCUCACAGAGAGCCCACACCAGGAUGGGUGCUCUCCAGGCGGCAAGGAUUUUAAGGACUAUCAUCCUCACUGGAAUUACAUUAGUUUACGGUAAAUUUAAAGUCUGCUUUUUCAAAGUCGUUAUGUUUUACACCAGUAGCGAACAAGAAGAAGACAUUUAGAAGAUUUUACCUCUGCUUUUACUUAAAAAUUUAAAAAAAAAUGAGUGAAAUAAAAUAAUGAAUUGCUUUUACUAACUAACAUGCUAAGUAAGGGUGUUUUUCUUGCAAUGAAGGAAAAAUAUCAGUUAGAAAAUGUACAAGGGUGUGUAGCCUUUAUCUAGAAAAAAAUAAAAACUCAAACUUUUCAGAUGGGCUUUAUCACUGAACAGUGUCAUGCAGUUGCCAGUUCUUUGGACAUCAUUUGGUGGAUCUCAGAGUACCUCUAAAUCAGACACAAGACCUGAUACAUUGCCCGCUAUAAUAUCAUGAUACAUUUCAGCUGCGAUUAUUGAUGAAUUUUUGACAAACAUAUCACGUUUGCUCAUGGCAGCUAAAAAAAAUACAAAAUGCCCUUUAAGAAAAGUGCAGAAUUAGUGUUAUUAAUGCCAAAACAAGGAGUCAUCACAGACACAGUGAGUCAAAGUGUAAGAAAAUUUUGGACAAAGCACUGUUAUAUUUUUGAAAAGGGAAGAUUGUUUUGCAAAAAUCAGGAUGCAUAAUACUUGUUUUUCUAACAUAACUGAAGAUUGACCCUGUUUUUUUGUAGGAAUAACUCCUCCUAUUUUGGUUACAGGUUCAAAUGUCUGCACCACCAGAGGGGCCAGCACAUGUAAGCAGUGUCUGGCUGUACACCCUAGCUGCGCUUGGUGUUUCCAAGAGGUGGGUUUCUUUUCCACUCCACUUCAUUUAGAGCUGGAGCUGGGUGGCACAGAUCUUCUCACCAGACUAGUAAUCUGUCUGAGAAGAAUUCAUACACAUGGAUAGUUAAGGUAAAAUAAGUUCAGGUGAAAUGAAUGAAAGAAGCACUUUUUCCUCAUGUCCUUCAAGAAAAAAAAAGUGAUUUAAGGCAUGCUAGACUCAGUGACUGGACUGUGUGACUUUACAAGGAUGUGGUCAUGUUUCCUGUUUCACACCAAAGACUGGCAAUGAUUGAAUAAUGUUAAAGUCAUCCUAGGCGUUUACAAGCUCAACCCUUCACUGAGGUUUGAAAUUUUCUGAGGAUAGCUGGACUUUGAGUAAACCAGUGAAGCCCAGUUAAGUAGGAAUUAGUCUUACACUCAAGGUUAAUUUGAAAGAUUUUGUUUCAGGGAAUUUUUAUUUAAGACCUUACAUGGAUUUUUUGGUUUUAAGCCUCCAAAUGAAUCCAUUACCACCUCUCAAUACAGCUUUAUCACAGAUGGUUGCUCUGUAAAUAAACAACAUUCUGAUUAUAUUCUGCAAAUCAAAGUACUUCUUAACACAUGUGGAAGUUCCUGAAACUGACUGCUUCUCUGGAUUUGAUUUAUGACCUUUUAAUCCCAGGACUUUGGACAGGGUGUUGCUGGUGCUUCCCGCUGUGAUCUGAAAAGCAACCUGCUGGCAGCGGGCUGUGCUCUGUCAGGUAUGGAGUCUCCAAACAGCAAACUUCAGGUGAUCGAGGACCGUCCCCUGAGCACCAAGGCAGCAGGGGCCACACAGGAUGUUACCCAGAUUAAACCGCAGAAACUCAGCAUCACCCUCAGGCCAGGUUGGGUUUAACAUGUCAGACACGGGGUUUUUCAUCUGAAUCAGAGGGAUUUACAUGCCUUUUGUAGCAGUAGAAAUAACAUCAGUUUCUGUAUCUUAUUAGAUGACGCAAAGCGCUUCACAGUCAAGGUGCGUCAGGUAGAGGACUACCCUGUUGACCUGUACUACCUCAUGGAUCUCUCCUACUCCAUGAAUGAUGAUCUCUUCCGCCUGAGGACUCUGGGUAGAGGUCUGGCUGAGGCCAUGAACCGCACUACCAGCAACCUUCGCAUGGGAUUCGGGGCUUUUGUGGACAAGCCACUCUCGCCUUAUAUGUACAUCUCCCCCAAAGAGGCCGUGAAGAACCCCUGUUUUAGGUAAGAGAAAAGAUAUUUAGCUAUCUAUCUUUCAUGUACUCAGCUGGAUUCAGAGGCUCUCCACUCUCCUAAUACAUAGUAGGCCUACCAGAUGAUGUUGUUUUCAUGUGGUUCCUUGUUUAUGUCUGUUUGCGGGAAGUCGCUUUAUUGUGCAGGUGAUGUCAUUACUGUGAGGACAUCUUUAAACACAGUGUACCUCAGUGAAAACUCAUGCAUGGUAAGAGGCAGAGCACUUGUUAAAGGCUUACUGUGGCUCCAAAGUGCUUGGUCAGCUGCUCUGAAUCAGCUGCAGGUAAUCUGCUCGGAUGUCAAGAGUGUCCCAGUGCAAACUGGUGUAACUCUACCUUAAGGCUCCUCUGAGGUUGAUUUGGUUGUUUAACGUCUCUCUAGGUCAUUUCUUUUCCCUCUAACAAACAGUCUGCUGUGAUCCAGCCUCCAGGAAUGUUUGGAUAAAAGAUAAGACAAGAGGAGAACUUUGGUCUGCUGGUGUGCAACACAAAGAGAAAGAGGGGUGCAAUGAGAGCAAAAGAAAAUUCUUAAAAUAAGGGGAAUCUACUUUGAAAACCUCCAGAUUAUGAGAUAGGGAAAGAAGUAGGGUUGGGCGAUAUGGGAAAAAGUUUAUCACAAUAUUUUUUUUUCAUAUUAGUCAAUAUCAAAAUCUACAACGAUAUAAAAAAUGAAAUUCAACAAUGUUUGUUGGUAGCAUGUCUUUUGCAAUACAAUAAGCUACUGCAUCUUUGAGGUCUUUGUGUGUCUUUGACGUUUUGUCGUUGUGCUAGACAAAGUGGACUGAACGGUUGGCUGUCUUGGCUACACAGGUGCCAUGGGCUCCUUGCUCCGUUUGGGGUUUGUAACCUUUUGCAUUGUGCGUGCUCUGCCGUGUGGCACUGCUUCAGGUGGUGAAAAAGAUUUUGAGGUAUACCCUGACUUUACGAGAACAUGUAUUCGACAUAAUUUGCAGUGCACAUUACUCUGCUUCAUGUCCGACCUCAAAAAACCAAAAUACCUCCACACCAACGACAAUUUCAUGCCAGUGUUGUCCACGAUGUCAUUAUCUGUUGAGCCUUUAUCUGCAUUUCUGCUGAGGGCAGCACUCAUUUUGUUUUUUUCUCACCCACAGUGCUUUCGACUUCAUGUGUUAAAGUGCUAUGGUUGCGUGUAGCUGCAGUCUACGACUACGCAGUUGUUUGCUACUUUGUUCUAAUUCAGCACAUGAGUGAUCCAGCACGAAGCAGACCCGGAGCAACUCCCCUUUUUAUUGGCUAUUCCUAUUCGUAGUCUACUAAAACAUGGCAGAAUGCCGACGAUUGAAAAGCAUAUUGACCAUGUUUUAUGUUGAUAUUGAGGGAAACUAAUUUUUGAUAUAUAUCGUUAUCGUUUUAUCGCCCAGCCCUAGUAAGAAGAAUGAAUAGAUAUAGAUGUUUUUCUGUAAUUCCCAUUAAUUAUCAUGAGAGAAACCCUUUUCUGAUGGUGAAUCCUCCUGAUUCUAUUCUAUUCUAACUAUUUGAUGGAUUACCAUGAGUUUAGGAACAGGUACAGUCAUGUUCCCUUGCGGGUGAAGUAUUCAACCUUCACACUUAAUAACAAACAGCCUCUCACCCUGUGUGUGAAAGUAACAAAUUCUUAAAUGUGCUACGCAUGAACAGAGCAGCUUAUCUGAACCUGAUAGCUUCAUCUCUGUCGCACUGACAGCAUCAACACCACCUGCCUGCCCCAGUUUGGCUACAAGCACGUCUUGUCUCUGACGGAGGAGGUGAGUCGCUUUACAGAGGAGGUGAAGAAGCAAAUGGUGUCCAGGAACCGAGAUGCCCCAGAGGGAGGCUUUGAUGCCAUCAUCCAGGCUGCUGUGUGCAAUGUAUGUGUUCAUACCAACACCUUGCUCAGGAAAUAAGUCUUAUUUUUUAACUGCCAUUUAAUGUAUUUAUACAUGUUAUUUCUCAUGCUCUUUCAUGAUGAAUGGACCCAUGGGUCUAAAAUAAAGUAAAAAGACAGAUGCAGAUAGUAAGUUUUUAAUUGAACCAAUCCAACCAGGUGUGUCUAGGAUAAGGGGAAAAUAAAGUGAAAGUUCACCUGAAAUCUCUCUUUCAAAAGCUAAUUUUGAGAUGUUUUAGGAACAGAUCGGUUGGCGCCCCGGUGCAUCCCACCUCUUGAUCUUCACCUCAGAUGCUAAGACUCACGUAGCUCUGGAUGGUCGUCUAUCUGGAAUCGUGCAGCCCCAUGAUGGGAAGUGCCACCUCAACUCUGAAAAUAUGUACAGCAUGUCUACCACCAUGGUUAGUGUGCAGCACAAGUUUGUGUUUAGUGCAAAUGCUAAAGGGAAUGCGAGGCUGUGUUUGAAUAAACAGAAAUAUGACAGAGGAAAUGUCUGUUUUUGUCCCACUUUGUCCCACAGGAUUACCCAUCACUGGCUCUGAUCACAGAGAAGAUGUCAGAGAACAACAUCAACCUCAUCUUUGCUGUCACAAACCCUGUGGUUCCUCUGUACCAGGUCAGCACAACAAAGACGAAUACACAACACAGUUUAUUAAGCACAUGUCUUAAGACUGAAAAUGAGAUGAUGACAAAUUCCAGUUUGUAUCCAUCUCAUCUUGAACACUAAAUAGUUUCUGCUCUAGCCCUCCAAACCUCACUGGUUUCACACAGAGGUUCUUGGAUCCUGCAUAGGCGGCUGGAAAAACUCAAACUGAACCAGCUUUUUUAUGUUGUAGAGACACAGCAGGGUAUAAACUCACAUUUUCCAAAACUGGAGCACAGUUUAAACUAACUGUUUACUAAAAGGAAAAUGGCUAUUUGCAUGAAGUGUAGGGGAUGUGAAAUAAAUUCAUCAGUCGUUUAACAAACCAGUGAGUCAUUUAGAGAGCAGACUGGGUUAUUAGAGUGUGACAUACUUCUGCUUUUAUGAGGUGUUUUAAUGCUAAUAUUUGUGGGCCACAUGGCAGUAAAGAUUUGUAUGACACGACUAUCUCAUACCAUGAAAUCAAAGACACCUUGUGCUUGUUCUGCUUUUUUCAUCCAUCAGCUAUGUGAAAAAUAGCAACAUUGUGUUAAUGCUACAGCAUCAUCAUUGGCCUCAUUCAUUUAGUUUAUUAAGGAUAUAAAGAUAUUAGACUAUCCCAAAACACACUGGUCAGUUAUCUGAAACUAACAGUGCUGUAUGUGGAAGAAUGUAUUGGCAAAAUAUAUAUUAAUGAAGGUCUUUUUAAAUGAUGAAUAAGGACAAAUUAUUUCCUUUCUUCAUCCUCUGCUAGUUUUUGUUGCUGUUUUGUUGUGUUUUUGAGCCUGCUGCUAUUAUAUGUUAUUUUUUAUAUUUAAUGUUGAGGUUUUUAUUGUAGUGAAACAAUGUUUUAUUGGUUCUUGAAGUUUUUGAUACUCACAAAAGUAAGUAAGUAAGUUAUUUUAAGAUAUUGAUACACAUGUUUCCAGACUGUAUAUUAUCAACAGUAUUUCUGUCUGUGUGAAUUUCUGUUUUGUAGAACUACAGUGAGUUGAUUCCUGGCACUACUGUAGGAAUACUGUCCAACGACUCAGGCAACGUUAUUCAGCUCAUACUAAAGGCUUAUGCUGUAAGUGUUACACACACAUACACAUACACUCCUAGGACCAGACAGUGUUUCAGAGGAUGACAUGUGUUUACCGACACACACCCACAGUGUUUGAGUCAUACACAUAGUCGAGCCAAAGUCUCAGCAGAGCCUCCUCAGUGGCCGCAGUCUGAAGCUGACCAUAAGUAGAGACUCCUGGCUGAGUGUCUGUUUGGGUUAAAAAAACCAGGGCAGGUGAAAAUUGUAAUGAGCUUAACUGUAGCUGUAUCUCUGUGAUGUUCAAAAAAAAGAUGGUCUGUGUGUUUGUGAGUGUAGCUUUAUUGCUGCACAACAUCAUUUAUGAUAUGUGGGACAAAAAUAUUUGAAUCUAAAAGAAAAGAAGAUUUAACUCUUGACUCAUUUAGAUUUUAUAUGAUUUAAUUGAUGUAUUUUUUUUAUUUUUCCUCCUACUUCUACUCUAGAUUUUUGCUUUCUGAUACAUGUCAAUCACACAUCCUCCCAGUCUCUUAUUUCCCUCAAUGUCCUUUUGUGUUUCCAGAAAAUCCGUUCGAAGGUGGAGCUGGAGCUUCAGGGUGUCCCUGAGGAGCUGUCCUUGUCCUUUAAUGCCACAUGUCUGAACGGAGAGCUCAUCCCUGGCCUCAAAUCCUGUUCUGGCCUUAAGAUUGGCGACACGGUCAGUCCAUACCCUGUUUUCUCCUUUUUUGGUUACUGACCUGCUAAAGUGGAUUCUCUCUGUUGCAUCACUGUAAAAAUUAAGUGUAAACGGCCUAUCCAAACUGUAAAAUUGAAGUUAUACUACAUUAGAGAGAGUUUCAUCUGCUUGAAGAUGGCAUACUGUCUCUUUUUAUUUUUUAAAAGGCAAAAACCAGAGGAGAGAAGAAAACAGCAAAAUAAAAUUACUGAUUACAUGAGCAAUCAGACCUGUUUCUGGACCCUUUUCAGAGAGUUGUGAAUGUAUUUACCCAAAACUACAAUCCUGUAACCUCAUGACUUAUCAGAGCAGAAUCACAGUAGUAUAUGAUUUUUAAUUUUUGCCCUUUUACCACUGACACAUAUUGUCUCCUGGAAAAAAAAAACACAGGACCAAUGACAGUUAUUGUGUCUAGACUGCAUGUUGGUUUGUUCAUGAUGUCUUUCCAUUUCCUUUUUUUGCUUCUAUUUACAUGGUUUUAAGUUGGGUUUUCCCCUCAGUGAUGCAAAGGACAGACAAAAGGCAAAAGUAGAUCAGAGCUGUCCUUCAGCUUGUCCUUUAAAGUUAAUUCUUUUGCUUCCUUCACAUUCUUACUCCAAUUUUAUUAACAGACAAUUGUUAAGUGUAGGAUAUCUCCCUUUUUAUUGUUUUUGCUUUGCAUUUUUACUCUCUCACAGCUUUGUCGGCUCCUUUCCCUGUUCUCUUCUCACUCCAGGUGACAUUUUUUGGCUUUCACUCAGUUCUUUUUCUUUGCCUCAGCUCCUCUUAUUUUCUCCAUAUAUGGCUUUUGUACCAGAUGUGGUAACUUCCCUCUUUUGGACAUUUACCAGAUUGAUGUGUAAUGCCGAAUGAAAAAUUACUUAAGCUAAACACAUCUGGAGGCAUUCCCUGUCUGACAUUUUUUUGCUUUGUCAGCCAACAGUGAUUAGACGAUACUCACCAUAUGAGAGGCUAUUAAAACAUCAUAAACUGGUCUGCAGAAGUACUGUCAUGUGUUACAUCAUUUACACCAGGGUGGUACACAAAAGGAUGAACUAGAUCAAGAAUCUCUUCACCUUCAGAAAACAUUGAAAAACAGGACUCUAACUAUCUUUCUGUUGUUCCAAAUUUGAAUUCCCUUCUGUCAUCCAGGUCUCUUUUAGCGUGGAAGCCAGAGCUCGGGGGUGCCCCAAACAGAAGAAGAAAACCUUCAUCAUAAAACCUGUAGGCUUUAAAGACUCCCUCUCUAUCACCGUCACUUUUGAAUGCGACUGCAAGUGCCAGAAUAAGGCCCAGCCCAAUAGCCCCAAAUGUAACCACGGCAACGGCACCUUUGAGUGCGGCAUCUGCCUGUGCCACCCUGGUCGCUUGGGGCCACACUGUGAGUGUGCAGAGGGGGAUUAUAACCCCACAGAGCAGGAUCGCUGCAGUGGACCUGCUGGUUCUGGAGGAACUCAGUCUGCCAUCUGCAGCGGCCGAGGGGACUGUGUGUGCGGCCAGUGUGUGUGCCACAACAGUGACUUUGGGAAAGUGUGGGGAAAGCUGUGCGAGUGUGACGACUUCAACUGCCUGCGCUACAAAGGAGAACUAUGUUCAGGUGAGAUUUGAUCCUCUAAAAUUAUAAACAUGACCAGAUAACAGAAUUAUAUCUGGAAGUCACAUAUCAAGAAGAAUAAACUAUCAACUAUUUUGGGGGUCUUUUGGUCUGUCAAAAUCACAGGUUCACUCAGAAUCCAAUAUUAGGUGAAGUUUUAUCUGACAUCAGUUGAAAAUAUAAUUGGUUUCCAGAAGUGGAUGUCCUAUAUUUAUCAUUCCAGGCAUUUAUGUAGCAACAAAUAGGUAAAAAGAAAACAGACAUUAGACAUGAUACCAUACAAUAAGAUACAAUAUGAUUAUUACGAUGUGGUUUGAUAUGAUACUAUUUCAUACCAUUAACUAGGAAACAGUGUGUCAUGUAAUAAGAUGAAAUGAUACAACACGUUGGAAUAGGAUACAAUAUGAUACAAUACAAUUCGAUACCAUUCUCUCUGGCAUGAUUCAAUGCAAUGCAAUGAAAUCCAAUAUAACACAAAAUAAAAUUAUGCAACACAAUGUAAUACAGUGUGAUGUGAUACUGAAUGAUACAAUAACAUAUGAUUGAUUUACUUUAAGACAUAAUACAAUACUAUUGAUAUGAUACGACACAAUUCAAUAGGAUACAGGGAGAUUUGCCAGAUACAAUUACAAUAUAAUACUGAAUGAUACCUUAUUGUAUGCUACGACACAAUAUUAUAAGUUGGAAUACGAUAUAAGUCUGAAACUGAAACUAUUUGACUGUUCCUUUAAAUUUCACAUCAGACACAUUUGAGAGAAACAGCAUGUUACAAUCGUCAACUUACUAUGAUACACAUUCUGCCUCUGUGGUAACGUUACAGAGAAUGUCUGUCUCUUUGCCACUGGGGUUUGUGGUCCCCUUCACCACUCUUGACUUGCCACCCACCCCAUCUGGGAGGAAUUACUUACAAUAACAAUCCUCCUCCUUGCCUGGGACGUGGGCUCUAUUCACAAUAAAUGCAGGGUUUGAUAUGUACACGUGUGUUAAUGUAAGCUCAGGUUGUAUGUUUGUGUCAGCCAGACCAAGCUUUUGUACCAGAGUUCAGCAGGAUUUAUGCACAAAGAAAGAUCUUGACAGUAGCUCUACCUGGUCAGAUGCAAUGUGUUGAGGUAUUGAAAUAGUGAGAUUUGUGCUUGGUAAUUGUUAGGAGCUUUAUUGUGCAGUUUGAAGAUCUUUUGUUUUUCUGGAGAUUAAGAAGAGACAGUAUGCUAGAAAGCGAAAUUACAUGAUAUUAUCCUCAGGAUGUUCUUCAUACCUUUUGGAGGGGACGAAUUGUUAAUACUUUCAGUUGUUGCCUUGAAAAUAUGAAUCGCUUCAUAUUCAAAAGUUGUAGUUGAAUACCUGCCAUACAUUCAUUAUUAAAUCUUGAACAUUUGAUGUUUGCUUUUUUAAAUGAGGUUGACUGUUUGCUGCUAACUAAGGCUAUUUAUUUGAUGGUAUUACAAGGUUAGCAGCGCUCUUCUUACCAUAGCUCAGCUAGUGUAGUCUAGGUUCGUGUUGUCUUGGUAGCACAGUUAGCACAGAGAGCACACAGUACACCAGCCAACACCUCAAGUUAACUUUAAAACUACCUAAUAUGUCAAAUAUAAUCUAUAUACAGAAAGAUUUAUGAGAAGUUGAGGCUGGCUGUUCGCUUCUACCUCCAGUCAGAUAGUCAACUUCUAAGUCCAAUAGUUGAAGGGUAAUGUCAAGAAACAUGCUAUUUUUCUCAUACUUCCCCACAAAGACCGAUGAAAAUUAAACAUUUGGUGUAAAGAUGUCAGGAUAAAAAACAGGACAGAGAGAGAAGUGAGAUUUCCCCUUCAUAAAGCAACCGAGUCAAGAUAGAGCCAAAAUCCAGGGGGAUCUCAUCUGUAAUUUGCUUCAGUGUAUUCAUGUUGAUCAUUAAAACGCACUGACUAACUUAAAUUGCAAGAGGAUAUUUCAGCUAAGUGUAGUUUAUUGUGUAAUGUUAAGUAGUGUUUACUUUACUCCUGCUCAUAGCUUCAUCAUACGAUUACAUGUCAUUUACCACUCUAUCCCCUUCUGCUCCUCAUGCAAAGAAAUGUUUUCCUCUAUUCCCCAGUGCCCAUAGAUUAACAUGAAAAAUACCUUUCCCCUUACACACUGGUUCAUGUGGUGUAAUGAGGCUAAAAAUAAACCCAUGUUUGGUCAGAAAAAGGGCCAAGUUGGAGUGAAGUGGGUAUGUUCAGAGUGUGUAAAGAAAUGGUCUCCUUUUGUCUGGAAAUACCUUGUUCAACAUGAGGACCGUUGUCUGUGUUCUUCCCACAGAGGGGUGUAAUUAAAAGGCAAUGGUCCCGUGGGUUCGAGUGGAAAUGACAGUCUGGUUAUGGUUCAGUUUUAUUUUGUCAGAGUAGUCCCAAGAAGCUUCCUGUCUUAUUGUUUACCAGGGCAUUGUUUCAUGAAUAGAGGCCUCUGUGUUUUCUGCUUUGUCACGCUUUUAUUGGCGUGCACAUACACACAUCACACUGAUAAAUCCAACAACAACAAAAAAAUGUGGGCAAACUUACCCCCACACGGUCACUGAAUCAUGCGCCCAAAAAUAAAAGUACUCCACAGGAACAUAAUGAAAUAGAGUAACAUGACCAACCACUUCUGUUUUCCAGUGUAUGAAAUCAAAUGCAUCUGGCUGCGUGCAGGAAAUGUCUCACUGAGAUAUUUCUUCAUUCUGAAAAAUAUGUACUCUGAACGUAGGAUUGAAAACAAAUCUUUGAGCUGUGCCACACUAGCUUGGUUAACUAUUUUGCUACAGCUGGCAUGAUUUAGGAUUCUUCAUGUUUGAUUAACAGCAAACAAGCAAAUACUUCUCCAGCUUAUAUGUAACUUCUCAAAGUUUAACGUCAUCACAACAGGAAAAUACACAAAGGUAUGACACAGGUUUGUGGUUAAUGCAGUCAUAACCACUUAAGAAGCUUAGACGGUCAUUAUGCUGACCCGACAAACCCAUGGAUUUUCCCUUUUUUUUGUAUUACCAGUGGAUUUCCCAAAGUUUCCCAAAACAUUAGAUUCAGGGAAGAAGUGAUAAAUGAAAGUGCUUAAUAUGUGUCCUGCCUUAUUGUUGAAAACAUUUUUAAAGCUCCUGGGAAGAACCCUUGGCUUAGGUCCAUUUUAGUGCCCUCUGUGGACAAAGUAGGCUUUGCUUAUUUUGUUCUCUGUUUCCUAACAACAACAACAAAAAAAUCUCAUCCUACCGGUAUUUGUGAGUAAUGUGAUUUAUGUCUUUGGCAUUUAAAUGUAAAAAAUGUAAAUCAGGGCUCCACUGACACAUAAUCCCAUCACACCAAUUUCAUGCAUUUAAAAUAACAGUUUACCAAUGACCAAUCUUGUUGCCAAUGGUCUUGUUUACUUUUGCUUAUGAUAAAAAAGCAUUAGCCAUGAAUUUCAGUCUAUUUCAUUAUUGUCAAAAAACUCCUUACUGGAGCUUUAAAUUGAAUUCAGCUGAAACUGACAAUAUGCGUUUAGAUGGUUUUCAAGUUGUUUUGAUGUUACUAAACAGGAAAAACUUUAUGACUAGUAGUUAAGGCAAAUGUAGUAAAUCAUAAUUCGUGCUAAUAUUAGCCAAACAAACUUUGACCCUUCAAAACAAAUAAUCCACAACAAUUUAAAUUACUGUCAUGUCAACCACUACAUAGCAGUCCAAGCCUUUUCCCUUUGUUACCCAACUCCAACCACAACCUCAUUUUGGCACAGAAUCUUACUUGCUGCACUGUCCUCCUCUUCUUUAUGGACUCUUUGUUCCCUCUUUUGCAGAGUAGCCAGUAAACAAUGUCAGUGGCUUUGACAAACCCCCACAACCCACAACAUUUGGUGGUUUUGUCGCCGCACAUAAUGUGCAAAAGGGUGAAUUUGUAAAUGAAUAUUUUCUCACCUCCUCAAUUUGUUGUAAAGUAUUAUUCCUAUACUUUUCUUUCUCUACCAGGCCAUGGCAUCUGUAACUGUGGCUUCUGCCAAUGUGCACCAGACUGGCAGGGUGAAAACUGUAACUGCUCCAAGCGCACUGACACCUGUAUGUCCAAUCUGGGUCUGCUGUGCAGUGGGAGGGGCCAGUGUGUGUGUGGCGCCUGUGAAUGCACGCAACCUGGUGCCUAUGGAGCCACAUGUGACAAAUGCCCCACCUGCCCUGAUGCUUGCACCAUGAAGAAGUGAGCCUAUACACACACACCGUUGUUAUACAUGGUCUCUGUAAUGUUGUGAUGACCUGGUUUUUGUUUUUCUCCUCAAAGGGAGUGUGUGGAGUGUAAGCAUUUCAAGAGGGGAAGGCUGUAUGAGGACAACACCUGCUCUCUGAUCUGCAAAGAUGAAAUUGUGCUUGUGAAUGAAUUAGGUAAAAUCUAGCGAAACAACAGAAGAGCAAGACCCUGAAUUAUAGCACUGAGUGUGAGACACCUGUUGUUAAGAGUUUUUGAGUAUCUAAUGAUACAGUUAUUCACCAAAACUAAGCCGCAGGGUUGGUAAGAAAGCUGAGGAAUAAAGGAUGAAUAAAUGUAAAAGAAGCUUUCCUAGAAAAAACUAAAUGUAACCGAUAUCUUAUGAACAAAACCAAGAAUUAAAUAUUUGUUUUUGAAGCUUUUUAGGGCAUCUGUAUAGUAAAUUAUGAAAAACUAAUUCUUGACUUGCUGAUGUACCAUUUCUCUCCAUGCAGUGCUUCAUGACACAAAUGCUGUGAACUGCACCUACAAGGAUGAGGACGAUUGUCUGGAGCGCUUUCAGUACUACGAGGACUCCAGUGGCAAAUCCAUUUUGUUUGUCGUCAAAGAACCAGGUGAGGAGAUCCAUCUAUAUGAACUGACAAUGCACAGUGUAAAAAGUAUAGUAUACAAAGGUUUGCUCUAGAUCAAGAGGGGGCUCAGGGGUGGCAAUGGGCCCCCUGAAAUCGGAUCGGCCACCCUUGGGGAACCCAAUAGCCUAAUCCUCAUAUUUAUGUGAUUGCUAUUUGCCUUGUUAGUGGCAAGUCUUAUACCAACUAUUAAGGCUGUGUUGUAACAGGCUGGUUUUCUUUGCAUCUAAAUGUAGCACAUAUUUUGAUAAACUCCUUCCUUCUUUAAGUCUCUAGAGAAUAAGCUAAGAAGAUUUACAUGCGACCACUCUUUCCAAAGUCAAAAAUUAUACAUAAGACAAACAGUGAAGACAGACAAGGGUAUUAAUUUCUGUUUGUGCAUGUACCCCAGCUACCAUUACUUAUGCCUUGGUGAGAAAACCUCAGAGAAUAAGCCCUAACUCUGCUCUUCUCUGUAGCUUUAAAGAGUUUUAUUGUCUUCAGGCUGAUUGUUUUGAUUUGGCAGCCUGUGAGCCCCUUUAUAGGUGUCAGCUGCUUUUUGGGCUAAAAGCUAAGAGAAACAUGUUGAACACUGCUUUAGCAACUUUAGUCAGCAAACAGACGAAGUUGUAAACUUGCUGAUGAUCAUGGUGAAGGAUUUAUCUGCUGCAGAAUAAGAUAUUUCCCACUAACAGUUGGUGAAGACACAGACAAGACUUUGAGACUUAUUUUCACAAGGAUCAUAUGUGAGGGGGCACAAGCUGAGAAAUACUGAUGGAUAGAACAUAAAUAAAAAGGAUGUGUUUUCUUCACCUUAGUGCAAAUCCUCACCUCACUCUGCGUGCCCUUCAUCUGCUUGUAAAGUGGCCAAAAAGAAAGAGUGUGGGGUGGUAAAACAGCCUUUAAUGACCAGCAGUGCCCGCAGAGAAAGUCUGUCCCUGGGUCUGCCUUUAAUGAGUGUGUGUGUUUAAUUAAGGCACGACUGGGUAGCAGAGAGGUAAACCAAAAUUUGCCUUGAACAUGGUGCACCCCGUCGUGUCAAAGAGGGUCGUAAACAGCUGCCCAGGUCCUCCUGGAACCAGCUGACUCUACAAAUUCCCCAGAGGAAACAAGAAGAGGGAAUGAGAAGAGGCUAUGUAAGCGAACGGGAAUCUUUGUUUUAAAAAUGAAAAGAAAAAAUUAUUAGCAUUUCUCUCGUUUAUUAGUCGUGACGUAGUUUUCACAGAUUUGAACCAGCCUGACAUGAUUUGUAUUUAAUAAAAGCCACAAGGCCUAAAUUGUCAGUUGAGGAGCAGGAAACAGAGAAAAUAAAUUAGAGGAGAGGAAGUGAAGCUAAGCUUUGAAGUCUGCUGUAAGAGUUCACCCUGGUUGCCUCUUUACAUUACCCAGCUAUCCUCUGUCCACUUACCUUACAAUGCAUACACACACGUGUCUGGAAGAGUACACACACACACACACACACACACACACACACACACACACACACACACACACACACACACACACACACACACACACACACACACACACACACACACACACAUACAUACACACACACAUGCAAAGGGUUAGAGCUAUGGAAAUCCAAACUGGCAAACAAACCAGUACACACAUGUAUAAACCAGAUGGCUUGUAACUCUAUAGUGGCUAGAAGUGUAAACGUUUGACAUUUUUGCACGACAGAUGAAAACUGUUACCAGACUUCACUUCAAUAUGCAAAAACAAAGAUAAAGCAGUCAUGAGAAAUAUUUCACUGAAAGAUGUCUCUUCAAUGUGAAAGAUGUACUUGAGAGGUGCUUUUACUGACCACCCAACAAAGGGUUACCCUCCCUGCCAGCUCCACGGUGAGCUUAAUAGUCACUGUCAGCUAAUUGUUUUGGUUUCCUGGCCUAAGUUUUACUGUUUCAGCUCACUCUCACUGCUCUUGUGUCUUAUUCAGCCACAGCAGGCUGUUGUGCUCUAAAACCUCUCUGUUGGCCACCCUGCAUCUAACAACAAAAGGGCAAGGUUAGCAACCAGCUGGUGAGCAUGAUGAAGCAUGUAAUAGCUAAUAUAAAGCUUAAAGUGGGAUAAAUAGAGAAGCAUUGAGAUAGCUCAGAUCACAACUCUAAAUAAAAUUAGCUGCUUCUUCAUUUGUCAUCAGGUAACACUUGGCUGUCAUGUUUAAGAUCUACUGUAUGUUUAAUUGCACAAAUAUGUCAAUUUGGGGUUUGUAGCUUUUGUUAUGCUGCACUUAAAUAGCAAAAAAAUUGGACGAACAAACUGAAUUACUGCCCACCAGCAACAAAGCAACCUGACCCAACUGGUGAUACAAACAGACAAAAUAUAUUUUUUUAAUUCCUAUAAAAAGUCACUCAUGAAUAAUUUUUUGUAUUUUCAUAUGUUAUUAGAAAUUUUGAUAAACUAUUCCUGUAUCUAUUUCUUUAUUCUUCACGCCUCAAAGGGCCUUUUUAAGUCUUUCUAUCUGAAUUUUUGCAACAGAUUUUUACUAUCUGUGAAAUGAAUUCAACCUGCACUCAAAAGGCAAAACUAAACAGUAGACUUAUAAGGCUGUUUACAAGCUCUUGAAACUAUGAAACCUCGCUAACAGAUUUUUAAAGUGAAAGCUAGAAUCGUGUUAUUAAAAGUGAUUCAAGUUUGCAUGUCCAAGUGCUCCAAUCCAGUGUAACCAGGAACAUUUUUGGUGGUUAAUUGAGUGCAUAGUUUUCUGUGUCAGCUAGUGAUGGUUGAAUAUGAUCCACAAAGGUUCUGCAUGUGUCUCUUCAGUGACUCUGAGAAUGACUUAUGUCAGCUGUCGAUGUACAGCCUUCUUCAAAAUAUACAAAUAAGAUUCCUUUUGAAUUGUGCCAGACCACAUUGGGGCGGGGGAGUCAUGGUCUGGCUGUCAGAAGUUACUAUUAUCCGCUUCAGCCCAUCCUCCUUGCUGCUCUUUGGUAUUAUUGCCUCAGAUUAAAUCACCUUAGGAGUGCUUGUUUUAGCAGGAACUUGACCACAAGGUUUACCUCUGUUUGCUGUUUUGGCAUGAUAAUUCUUAAUCAUAGAUAACUGACAAAGCCACAGUGAAGGCCCCUGUGUCUUUGUUAGUUUGUUUUUCAAAAGCUUGAGUUGUUCUAUUCUUGUCAGUGUUGAAGGCUUCCAUUUAGAGUCAAUACAGUGACAUGAUAUCCUCUAGAAUUCAAAUGCACAUUUCUAGGUGUCUAAAGCUGUGUAGAAGCUGUGCGCAUAUAAAAGUAAAAGCACAUAUAAUCCAAACAGUGCUAUUUAGCCAGGCUUCCUCAUACUACCUCCAGGUUUAUCUCCUUGUUAGUGCCCACAUGACUCUUUCUUUAUCUCUAUCUCUCCCCACCCAGACUGUCCCAAAGGUCCAGAUGUUUUGGUGGUGCUUCUGUCCGUGGCUGGAGCCAUCCUCUUCCUUGGCUUGGCAGCUUUGCUUAUCUGGAAACUGCUGGUCACCAUUCACGACAGAAGAGAGUUUGCCAGAUUUGAAGAAGAGCGUGCGAAAGCAAAGUGGGACACGGUCAGUAAAUUGAGCACAUGGUGGCAAGACAUGCACUUGAUUUUUGUGUCUCUUAAGAUGUAACACAAAAAUCAAGUGCAUGUCAAACUGAAGUCACAGUGAAGUCUAAAGUUCGAAAAGAGACCAGACUUUGAUCCUGCCCAAUCCAUCUUUCUUGGUCUGGUCUGCAAACACUUUUAUUCACACGCUCACUUAAGGCCACACAUGCAGUCUCUCACUCUUGUGUGCUGAAGAUGUUUUUUAUUAUUUUUGUGGCCUGCUGUAACUCCCAGCAGAACAAAAGACAACCUCCGGAAGGGCUGGGUUUAAAUUAGCUAAGGCUAAUUAGCCGUUUACUGGCACAUGAAAAAAAAUACACCAUGAUCCAGUAAACCUGAGACCUUGUAUAAUGCUCUGUUAGUAAAGAAAGUGUAACUCGUACUAAGAGGGCAUAUUGCACACCUUGUUUAUUAAUCUGUGAUCUCUCUUUUUUGUGUAUUUUUUCUCCUGUAGGGACACAAUCCCCUCUACAAAGGAGCCACGUCCACCUUCACAAACAUCACAUACAGAGGGAAAGACUGACACUGUCAAACAAAGACAAAGGAUAUAAUGAUGAACUUUUACUGUCCUUUGUGGAAAGGCACCCAAACAUGUGCAGGCCUCUACUGUCACAAGACAAAAAUAAAUGACUAUUUGUGUAUGUAAAUAUGUAGAAAUUAUUCUGAGGAGGGAUUUUGUCAGGGAUUUUAAACCCACUUUUGCUACACUGAUUAAUAAGAUGUUCUUUUGAUUGCGUAUGAUGGACCGAGACUUCUUAGUAUCCAGCAAAGCCAUGCUUGCAGUUUUUAUUGUUUUCUUAUAAACUUAACCCACAGCCCCAAAGUCUGUAUAUGUACUAUUUUUCAAAAUCUGCUGUAGUCUUUUGCCUGUCUUACAGAUGACCCAGAGUUUGCUGCAGAAUUUUUUACUCUUCCUGGAAAAAAAAAUGUACAAAUCCCCAUGACUUGACAUCACUUGAGACUAGGUGGAAGUAAUAUUUUCAAAAGGAGGAUGUAGGUGAUCUAAUCCUUGAAUCAAGACAAAGAACAAAUGUUGUGAUUUAACACUCAAAGACAUUUUAUUUCUUGUUUUCAAUUUUCCCAAUAAUGCUUUGUCAACUUGUUUUUGCUGAGUUGUAUCAAAAUGAUGUGCUGGAAAUGUGGUUUUGAGUAAAAAUCUUGAUUGGUUUUA